CCUCCUCCUCGCCUUCCUUGUCCCCGUCUCCGAUCCCGGGCAGCAUCUGCGUCCGCCUCCCGCUGCCCGAGGGGUGGGUCUGUAUCCUCCCCUCCCCCAGCCUUGGGGGCUCCGCGCGGACCCCGCUCCCGCCUGCUGCCGCCGCUGCUCCUCCUCUUCUUCUUCCUCCUCCUCCACAUCUUCCCCUUCCUCCUCCUCCUCUUCACCCUAGUCCCAGUCCCAGUCCUUCAGCUCCUGUUCCCCAGCAGGAAUUGCAUGGCCCCGGCGCUGCCGCUCCUGGCGCUGGGAUCGACCGCCGCCGCCGCCGCCGCCGCCACCGUCUUGUCCUACUCCCUCACCGGUUCCUAGUCUGCUCCCCGCGCAGCUCCAGGACUCGGCUCCCCCCGCGCAGGGCGCAGCUCGGUGCCGCAGGGCUAGGGGCGCCCGCGGCUUGCCGGGCUCGGGCGCUGGGCACUGCGCGCCCCCUAUUCCCGGAGCUCUCCUCGCUUCGGCCCCCUAUCCUGUCGCAGCCCACCUAGCCAGAGGAGAAGGACCGCCUCCUCCCUUCAGCCCACUCCUCUCUCUGGGGUCACUAUGCCCAGCAAAACCAAGUACAACCUGGUGGACGAUGGGCACGACCUGCGGAUCCCCCUCCAUAACGAGGACGCCUUCCAGCAUGGCAUCUGCUUUGAGGCCAAGUAUAUUGGAAGUUUGGAUGUUCCAAGACCGAAUAGCAGGGUGGAGAUUGUGGCUGCUAUGCGAAGGAUACGGUAUGAGUUCAAAGCCAAGAACAUCAAGAAGAAGAAAGUGAGCAUCAUGGUAUCAGUAGAUGGAGUGAAAGUGAUUCUCAAGAAAAAGAAGAAGCUUCUUUUAUUGCAGAAAAAGGAGUGGACCUGGGAUGAGAGCAAGAUGCUGGUGAUGCAAGACCCCAUCUACCGGAUAUUCUACGUGUCUCAUGAUUCUCAAGAUCUAAAGAUCUUUAGCUACAUUGCCAGAGAUGGUUCCAGCAACGUCUUCAGAUGUAAUGUCUUUAAGUCCAAGAAGAAGAGUCAAGCUAUGCGGAUUGUCCGGACUGUGGGCCAAGCCUUUGAGGUAUGUCACAAGCUGAGCCUUCAGCACACACAGCAGAAUGCAGAUGGACAAGAGGAUGGAGAGAGUGAAAAGCACAGUGACAACUCGGGGGAUCCAGCCCGCCAACUGACUGGAGCUGAGAAGGCCUCCACAGCCACUGCAGAGGAGACUGACAUCGAUGCUGUGGACAUCCCUCUCCCAGGAAGUGACAUCCUAGAUUUCAGCCGAGGGGUGACUGACCUUGAUGCAGUGGGGAAGGAAGGAGACCCCCUUACUGACACCAAGGUCUCGCUCCACCACCAGGAGAACAUUCUGACUGCCUCACCCAAGAUGCUGCUGCCCUCCUCCUCACAGCUGCCCAGUAUCGGGACCCCACUGUCAACCCACCACCAGAUGCAGCUCCUCCAACAGCUCCUCCAGCAGCAGCAGCAACAGACCCAAGUGGCCGUGGCCCAGGUUCAUUUACUGAAGGAUCAGUUGGCUGCAGAGGCCGCGGCUCGACUGGAGGCCCAGGCUCGUGUCCACCAGCUCCUGCUGCAGAACAAAGACAUGCUUCAGCACAUCUCCCUGCUGGUCAAACAAGUGCAGGAGCUUGAGCUCAAACUGUCGGGACACGAUGCCAUGGGUUCUCAGGACAGUUUGCUGGAAAUCACCUUUCGCUCUGGCGUCCUCCCCGUGCUCUGUGACCCCACGACUCCCAAGCCUGAGGACCUCCACCUGCCCCCGCUAGGCCCCAGCUCGGCUGACUUCGCCCACUCGGUGGGCAGCCCCUUAGUUGACCAAAGCAUGUUUGAGAAUUCUAACACAGCUCCCACACCAAAGUUGCAGCCGAGCCGUUCCUUUCCCCACCUGUCCAAGUCUACUGCCCUCAGCUCAACAGCUUUGGGCCCCAUGGAACCGAGUGGGCCGGGGCUCCGCGUGGGCAGCAGCCAGCAUCUCAAGAACCUAGGGAAGGCUGUGGGAGCCAAGGUCAAUGAUUUCUUGAGGAGGAAAGAGCCAGGGAAUCUCGGGAACACUGCAGGAGUGAUGGAGAUCAACAAAAAUGCAGGAGCCACACUGUCUGCUCCGGAUGAUGCUCCAUCAGGAAGCUGGCAAGAAGAAGAAAGGUCCGCUCUUUUGGAAGCAUUCCCCCGCCUCGAUCCGCCGCCUCCUGUGACCAAGAAGCGCACCCCUCGGGCCCUGAAGAGUCCCCAAGAAAUGCUGAUUUCACCCCAGCCUGUGGUGAGCAGCCUGGAGUAUGGGGCAGAGCUGUUGGCUGGGCCACCCCAGGAGCCGCCUUCCACAGUGCCCAGCCUAGGAGAGCCGGUCUCAGAAGACAAUCUGGGACCAGAGAGCUCCACGGAGACAGUGCCAGGGGGUGAGACCCUGCCCAACGGAGAGGUCCCUUUGUCAGUGCCGGAUCUCAUCCACAAAGACUCUCAGAGUGAUUUCAAGCUGAGGACGACCGAGUGGAGAAGGGCUUCCUCCCCCAGCCUCAGUGAAAGAAAUGCCCUCAAACUCAGCCUUGGACCUCUCAGCCUGACUGAGCCCCAGGAAGAUGGCAGCCCCCCGCCUCGGGCAAGGACCACCAGCCUUGACAAUGAGGGACCUCACCCAGACCUCCUGUCCUUUGAGUAGAUCUUCCAUCCCCUUGCCCCCUAAAGGAGCACCACGGUCCUUCCUCUAAAUCUGGGAAACAAAGUCCCUGCCUUCUUUUCCCACUGUCCAGGGAGGUCCUGUCUCAGCCACCCCCCUCUCCCUUUGAAGGCACUCUCAGGUUACCAGGUAAAAAUCCUGCCUUGGCCCAGGAGCUCCGAGACCUGAGAAGCCUAGUAGUAGCUUUGCUUGUGUCUAGAUGGUUUUUGUCUCCUGUGGAGGUGGGGGAGGAGGUAAGAAUUCCUGUCACAUUGUAGUCCCCCUCAUUUCUUUGGUAUCUCUCCAAUGCUGUUCUACACCCAGUCAUCCCCUGUUGCACCUACACACAUACAGUUGGGAUGAUGGAGCAGGGCAGAUUUCACUGUGAUUUACAAAUGAUACUUAAUAAUAAUAAAAGUCCUAUUAAUUCUGGUAGUAACCCCCGGUAACAUGCUGACCACACUUCAUUACUCCGAGGCAUACACAAGUCCCCAGGAAAUGAAACCAGUCUAACAAGAAUCUCUAGAAUCCUGUCUCCGGAAUGCAGCUCACUUCUCUGCUGGACACUGGGACUCCUUUCCCCCCACUCCCCUCUGGCGGCCGUACCUCCCAGUGCCUGUCAAUCUCCAGGUGCAGCCUGGGAAUUCUACCAUAGGAGAUGGGGGUCUCACCUGUGUGGGGCCAGGCGUUUGCAAUCACGUCCACAGGGCAGUGACUGGUUGGCUUAAUGAUGGCUAAGCUUGCCUUGAAAGCCACAUACUGAGCCCCAGGUAAAUGGUAGCCAAGGGGAGGGUCUGCGGGGAGCCCAUAGUCCGCUCUCCCCUCAUUAUCUCUGUUCACUUUGUCAGGUAACAAGAGAAGGAAGCUAGGGAAGUUAUUUGCUAGCUUUGAGCGCCAACCUCUGAGCUGCCUGCCCUAUUUAGCUUGCCACAAGGGAUAGUCACACAGAUCAUUGACCAGAAUCCUCCCAGGGUAGUAGAACUUGGAAAUGACCCUAAGGCUGCUCAUUUUCUUCCCUUCUUCCUUCCCUGUGGCCCCUUCCAGUUUGGGCGAGAUAAUUAAUUGGAAACUUGAUGACCCUCAUUAUCCUCUAAGCCAGUGGUUCUCAAAGUAUGGUUUAGAGAAUCCUGGGGAUCUCUGAAACCCUUUUAGAGGGUCUACAAAUUCAAAGAUAGUUUUUAUUUCCAAUAUGGUAAAUGUCUAUAAAUACAAUCCAGAUAAACAAAAAUGCUCUGGAGAGAUCCCCAAUAAUUUUUAAUAGGAUAAAGAUAUUGAAAACAAAAGUUUGAGAACCACUGCUUUAAGCUCUCCCCAUGAGGGAAGACAGCACCUGCCUCCCCAGGUGAAUGGAAACAGGGCUGAGCAGAUCCUGGUGGGAAAUUGCAGGAACGAGCUCUUUUGAAUCACUUUUUUGGUCCACCGAAGAAUUGACUUGUGAGGUCCUGUUAUGGCCAAAUGCCUUGGAACUCUAGGUGCCAAAAGGUGAUGGAAGAGCGAGGUCGGCUGCUAGGAUCCAGAACUAUGGAAGGAAAUCAGGAAAGUUGUUCUGGCACUUCUGGGAUGGUCCUGAUAUUAAUGACAUGGCUGAGAGGACGUGAAACCUCAAGCAAGGUAUAAGUAAGCGUAUUUAUGUGUAUUUUAAGAAUCAAAGGUGAGGGCACAGUAUGUGAGAGGAGGAUUGGAGUAAGAUGUAAGACAGAUGGAAAAUCAUUGCUAGGAUGGUUUUAUCCUCUGCCAAACUACUUUUAACCAAGUCCUUUGGCAAAUGCCGGCCUUCCUAGAGUCCUGUUUUCUCCUCAGAUUCUUCAGGGUUUUGGCUCACACUUUCCACCUGCUUCCAGGACCCACAGAAACUAUCCCUGGUUAUCGGUGCUUCCUUUUGAGUUUAACCUGCUGUUUGUUCCUGUUUCCCACCAGGAGUCUUGGGUGCUGCCUUCCCAUGGCCAAGAGACCGUGUAAGGGGGUGAGCCCUGGCCAGGCAGCUUGCACAUCAAGAAGAAACCAGGCUUCCCAAUGGAGGAGGGCUUCAUUUUCUAGGGAGGGGCCCAGGUGGGAUUCACAUCCAGAGAAAAGGCAGAGCUUUCUGGGAGCUCCAGGCUAACCUAGCUCUUCCUCCUGCCUGUCCUCUGCUCUGCAUUUACUUUUCAUCUGCCUCUAUGGCUGACUUUCCUGAAGGAGUUAAGCAACAGCUGCAGCCUUCUCUGCUCUUCCCCAAAUGCCAUUUCUUGCUUUAUAAUGCAAAGCGGCCAUAGGCAAAGAAGUGUGCAAAGUUAGAGGCUAUUGGAGAAUGGGCUGCCUCUUGUUCUGUCUUGAUCACCAUUAAUGCUGAUUUCUCAUCCACUUUCUCUGCCCUUCCACUCCAGCUUCCUUUCCAACCCAAAACAGAAUGGGCUUUCCCCAUCCCCGGACAAACCUCAUCUCUGUCUCCUCAGGAGAGUGGUCUGGACCUUCUCUUGUAUAUUCAAGGCUUGGGACAGCUAUUGGAGAGUGCCUUAGAGAAUCCAAACAUCCAGGCCAUAGCCUUAUUUAGUCUCAAAGUGUCACAGAAACGCAGUGGGGCCAGACCCCUGAGCAGAGCAGUCCCCUGCAUACAGUCUCACUGAUGACUUUAGAUUUCCUGAUUCGGCUCAGGGGACUGCAGAUCUGUUACCUGCGGGUCCUCCUGAUUUGAGCCUUGAUCCUCCAUGCCAUCUCUGAGAAAUAAAGCAAUGAGGACAUUGCCCUCCUGGUGAUCUCGUCCUUAGCCCCAUUUCUCUCCAGAGACUAUAGUAGCACAGGCCAUGAACACUAAUUUGGCUUUUUUUGGAAGCCACGUCCCUUACCUUUCUUCCAUUCCAAAGCUGCCGUCAGUAACCACAGAAUGCCUGCUCUGAUGUUCCCAGCUCUUGACUGGAGUCUGAGCCAGUAAGGGUCUGUUGGUCUUGGUCUUCAUUUGUCAUUAAAGUCAUUAUAAGGGUUCCCACACAAGUGUAUCAAAGACAUAGAAUUAAUGGAGCCAAGCAGCUCUUCUAUUUCUAUUUAGAAAUCCUCUUCUCCCAACUCCCUUGCAAAACAGGGUAUUUAUCUACCUCAUCAGGACCCUCAGAGACUCAAGUCUGGAACCUGCAGGUUCCCUCUUGAAGGAUCGAUUAUAUGUAGUGUGAACAAUUACUUUUUAAAACUUCCAAACAUGAAGAGAGACAUCUAGAUCAAGUCACCUUGUCUACCCAAAUUACCAAGUGAUUUCCUGGACUCGGCUCGGUCAUCUGCCAACCAAGGAGCUAAGUUUAUGCAAAUGGCUAAUGCAGCCAGUGGGCUUCUUCGGGUGGCUUUGGAAGCCCGGCUUCUUAAGAGGGAGGGUGAUCUAGAGAGAGAAAGAGAAGGAUGCAAAGGGAAAUUCUCAAGUCUUCAAAAACAAAGGAAGAUAAGACACGGACUGUUUCCGUUGCCCAUUACUCUUUCCGCCCACUUUGGUCUGCAUAUCCACGUAUAUGGCCUGGUUUGUAUAGACCACACAGAGAGCUUUCGAAGUCUCAAACUCAGAAACAUUUCUGAUGAGAGCUUUUCCAGACAUCGCCUAUAUGACAUAGACCGUCAGAGCUGGAAAAGACCUUAAGGGUUUCUCUAGUCUGAUUCCUUUGUUGUAUAGAUGAAAGAAAGGACCGAGAGGAAGGGAGGAGCAAGUCGAUAACAAAGUCAAGAUUGGAAUUCAUGCCUCCAGACUCCCAAGUUAGAGCAAUCUUUCCACUCUGACACAUUGCCCAGAAAGAAAUGUAAAUGUAUAUUGCUCAUGUGGAAGCAUAUGUAUAUGUGUUAUAUAUGUGGAUAUAUAGACAGAUGUGUAUCCGAUCUUUUUAAUGGAUGAGGGUGGGUGAAAAUCGUUGGUUGGAUUCAGUUGUAGAGAGAAAUAAAAAAUAUCAGAUUUAUUUCUUCUAUAGAGUCUAUAUAUUUUUAGGAAUUUUCUGUAGAAAGCAGCUGAUUGCACAAUAAAAGGGUUUGGUUUUUUUCCCUGACAA